GUCAAUCAGCGGAGACCCCGCCCACAUCCCCUUCCACGCCUAUAUGGUGAGCUGAGACCAGAACUGAGCAGCAGUUGACCCAAACGCGCAUAGCAAGUUCCACGCAGCAGUUCCUGCAGCCUCACUUCUGACAGCACUAAGGACAUUCACCUCUCCGAAACGCCAUAAAAGGAGGAAAGCAGCCAAGAGGAACAAUGAAGAUCUUCCUCUUUCUCACUCUGCUGGCUGCCUCAUCACCAGCCCUGCACGCGCAGGGUCCCCGGAAAUCCAAGAGGGCCUGUGUCCGCCAACACUCAGUGACCGAUUGUGGGCAGCACAAAAAAAUGCAGUUCAAGGUUAUGGGUGGGAGGACCAUUGCAGUGGAGUCCCAGCCAUGGAUAGCGUCCAUCUUUUUGAAGGGUAAAUUCCGCUGCGGUGGGACCCUGAUCUCACCAUGCUGGGUGCUCACGGCCGCUCACUGCUUUGUUGAUGAUCACAAAAGGAUUAAAGACAUGACCAUCUUCCUGGGGAAGAAUGCCAUCAAUGAGAGCGAUGCCAGCAGAGAGCAGAGUUUCGAAGUGCAGAAACUCAUCACUCACGAGGCUUACAAUGACGAGGUUCAGCCUUAUUACAACAAUGACAUCGCUUUGCUGAAGAUCAAAUGCAACCGUUGUGCCAAGAUGACGGACUCGGUACGGACCGCAUGCCUUCCGCCCCCCAGCCAGAUGCUGCCCCCAGGGUCCUCCUGCCAGGUCAUUGGAUAUGGUAAAGAUGAAACUCUCCAUUACUCCCAGUACCUGAAAGAGGGCACUGUGCAGCUGGUGGCCCAGAAGGACUGCACGAGUGACACCUACUACGGGACAGCGGUCACAGACAACAUGUUCUGCGCCAACAGCCGCACGUGGACCACAGACGCUUGUAAGGGAGACUCAGGGGGACCCUUGAUAUGCAAGGUGGGGAACCACAUGUUCCUGUUUGGCAUCGUCAGCUGGGGGGAGGAAUGUGCCAAAAGAAACCGGCCGGGUGUCUACACCAAGGUCACCAACUACAACAAGUGGAUCCAACAGAAGACGGGAGUUCCAGGCAUUGCCUUGGGGGUCAUGUUCCCUCAUAAGUGAGCCUCCCCCAGGACAGAAGAGCACGGAGGCCAGAGGGCAUCAUACCAGAAGGACAGGCAGCAACACGGGCAGCAAAACCACAGAUACAAGCUGCCACACUGCUGCUGGUAUCAUGCCAUCUCUGACCAUGUCCUGGGUUAAUAUUUAAAAUAUAUUUAUAACCAUCAAUUUUACGACCUGCUUUGCAGCAGGAGAUUUUUAACAUUCUAUGCAUUCUCAGGGUGUAUAAAUUAAUGU